CUUACAGCUGCGCGAGCAGCAUCGUUCAAACGCAGUGAAUGGAAACCUGCGUUUAGAAGGUCUGGGCGUCCGCGGCCCAGGAGCGACCGAAUUAAAGCUGGUUUUCCCUUUUUUACUCCACCUCUCAUAUGGCAAACCGAGAGAAGAAUAAGAAGGCUCUUCUGGACUUGGCCAAGCAGCCGGAGAACUGCAGCUGCGCGGACUGUGGAGCUCCAGACCCAGACUGGGCUUCAUAUAAGCUUGGCAUCUUUGUUUGUCUGAACUGCUCUGGAACUCACCGCAAUCUGUCUGAUAUAAGCCGCGUCAAAUCCAUACGAUUAGACUUCUGGGACGAUGAUCUUGUGCAGUUUAUGAAAGCCAAUGGAAACAAAGUGGCCAAAGACUUCUAUGAGAAAUUCGUCCCUGUCUUCUAUUAUCGUCCACAGCAAGAUGACUGUGAGGUACUGAGGGAACAGUGGAUCAGAGCCAAGUAUGAAAGGCUGGAGUUUACAGAGGAAAAUAAGCUACUUGCCUACUCAUCAGGCAUAUAUGAAGGGGUGCUGUGGAAGAAAGGGAAGGACAACGGACAGUUUCUCAAGAGGAAGUUUGUUCUAUCAGAACAGGACUUCAGCCUAAAAUAUUACAAGGAGGAUGAAACUAAAGGGCCAAAGGCAAUAAUCUCUGUAAAAAACCUGAAUGCAACCUUUCAGCCCCAGAAAAUUGGACAUGCUCAUGGCCUACAGAUCACUUACUGUGUGGAUGACCACACCCGAAACCUCUUUGUUUAUCAUGAAAGUGGGCAGGAAAUUGUGAAUUGGUUCAAUGCUAUUAGAGCUACACGCUUUGUCUACCUGAAAACAGCAUUCCCUACAGCAACUGAUAGCGAGUUGCUGCCAUGGAUAACCAGAAGCUUCCUCAAAGAAGGUUACAUGGAGAAGACCGGCCCUUUGCAACGGGAGCCAUUUAAGAAGAGGUGGUUCAUCUUGGAUGCCAUGGACAGAAAACUGCUCUAUUUCAAAACGCAGCUGGAUGCUGUGGAGCUUGGGGUCAUUUUUAUUGGAACAGAGAAUCAUGGGUACUCAGUUAGCAAGUGUGUGCCUAAGGGAACCAGAGGGAACAAGUGGAAGUGCGGAGUGUUGAUGGAGACGCCCGACCGUCAGUUCGUCUUCAUGUGUGAGCAGGAGCGAGAGCAGAACGAGUGGCUGGAGGCACUGAGGCAGGUCAUCUCAAAGCCCAUGCUGCCGCAAGAUUACACCACAGAGGCCAACAUCCGCAGAAGAAGAUGACCCUGGGACGCUGCAAGGGACAAAGGGACUGUUAGCACUGACCAGUGGACUUUCUCACUGUCUGUUUACUUCCAUCACAUUCAGAGCCUGUGGGAUCACAGCGUACUGUCUGAAAAUCAAACUGACCCCUAGCACAUCUUUCACAACAGCUUUGCUGUAAAGCACGUGUAAGUCUUGGGUGGAUAAAGCAUUGCACAAUGUAGUAUGUUCCCUCCACAGGCACAACUCUACAGUCAGCUCCUAAAGCAAAUUAGGUGAAAUUGCUAAAUGUUGCAGUGCUGCAUCCUCCCUGGAUAUGACUUUAAACUUUUGUUUUGUUGAAGGACCACCAUUCUGAGCUCUCGGUAGACAACCUCUCGGGAGCUUAUCCAAGGCUGUUUCAUUGAACUGAAGCUGUUUUGUACAUAUAUUUUUAUCAAACAAAGACACAAGUGGCGAGUUUCCUUGCUAAUGAAAAACUGAACAUAAUAAAAACACCAGAUUUACAUUGCAUUA